GUUGACUAGAGCGAACCCAGCAUUUUAAUACGCAUACCCAAUGGUUCAAACUCAGCACUGUGGACUAGUCUAUUUUAUACGGAAGUGAAAUGAGAAGUAGCGAAAGUGGCAUAAUUUGACAAAUGUUGUGUUAUUGAGUUUAAACCACAUGACAGUGAAAUGGACCCUUCAUCUGGUUACCAUGGUGGGGUUGAUCCAUCUGUAUUGGAACGUGAUGCUGGUUGUCAUGCCCACCAAGCUGUGCAGUAUGAUCAACAAACAAAAUAUGACUUGGCUAUAUUUUACUACAUUGAAGCGUCGCAGGCCUUGCUUUCAGCUGCCCUAGCGGGAUCGCAGAUGCCUGGCAUACUGGACAAAGCUAAUGAGUAUAUGCUGAGAGCAGAGACGUUAAAACAAUCAGUAUCUGACCCACAGAACCAACCAUCUGAAACAGUUAUUAAGACGCAGCUACAGCUGGACCUGGAGCGUGCCCAGUUUCUGUUGCACCAGGCGUUUGACGAGGAUGAGAGUAACAACACAGAGGAGGCUGUAGAGCUCUACAUGGAGGCUGUCGAACUCUUCCUGAAGAUUAGGAAUAGCGCAAGUGAUGUCAGUUUACAAGAAAAAGCUACCAAAAUGGCUACACAGGGAUUAGACCGAGCUGAAGUGUUGAAGAAAACCCCUGCAAGAUCUCCAGGUCUAGUUCAGAACCAAGACAGAAGGAUAAUGCCACCUCUGGGGUUCAAUGCCUUUGCCGACAAUGAGUCAGACAAGGGGAGACCACUCACUUUGAGUUCAGGACACACCAUCAGCCGCGGUCAAGGACCAGUAAGUGUUGGUCCCGGUGGAUAUACCAAAGAAGAGAUUGCUGUACUCCGAGCAACGUCUUACAUCAAUGGAAGAGAGUAUGUUCCUUUCAUGGAAGUGGAUUUGAAAGAGAAGUUUGCAUUUCCUGUGGCAUUUAGUGAUAAGGAUGGCAAACUGGCCUUGUCUCCCAAACAGAAAAAAAACUUUGCAAAGUGGGUGCGACCAGCCGAUUAUUCUGAUGACCCAAAGAUGAUCCUCGCCAUUUCUCCUUUCAGCAUCAGACAGACUAUUGUAUCAGACUGCAGUUUUGUAGCAUCACUAGCCAUCAGUGCACAGUAUGAAAGGAGAUUCAAGAAGAAAUUAAUUACCAGCAUUAUAUUCCCCCAGAAUCGUCUUGGUGAGCCAGUGUAUAACCCAUGUGGCAAGUACAUGGUUAAGCUGAACAUAAAUGGUGUACCUAGAAAGGUUGUGAUUGAUGACAUGCUACCUCAGAGCAAGUAUGGAGAGAAGCUGUGUUCAUUCUCUAACAACAAGAAUGAACUGUGGGUGUCCCUGAUGGAGAAAGCGUACAUGAAAGUGAUGGGAGGAUACGACUUCCCAGGAUCAAACUCGAACAUAGACCUGAAUGCACUGACUGGGUGGAUACCAGAACGUUCUGCCAUACGACCGGGAACUGAAGAGUUCGACAAAGACAAGGAAUUCAAACGACUGCUUGACAGGUUUCACCAAGGACAUUGUCUGGUUACCGUGGCUACAGGAGAAAUCUCGGAUGCUGAAGCUGAUCGAGCAGGGUUGGUUCCCACACACGCAUACGCCAUGUUGGAUGUUCGAGAAGUCAAGGGUAAACGGUUAUUCAUGUUAAAAAAUCCCUGGAACCAUCUGCGAUGGAAGGGACGCUUCUCUGAAAAUGAUUCCACUAGCUGGACUCCUGACCUUCAAAAGGCCUUGAACUAUGACCCAAAGAGUGCACAAAUGUGUGACAAUGGUGUGUUUUGGAUUGACUAUGAUUCCAUUUGCAAGUUCUUCGAUGUCUUUUACAUCAACUGGAAUCCAGACCUGUUCUCACACACAACCUGUGUUCACCAUACAUGGCUAGCGAAGGAGGGCCCGAAGAAGGACAGUUACAACAUCAGUGAUAACCCUCAGUAUCGACUUGAAAUCCGAUCAGCCCAACCAUCGGCCGUGUGGAUCCUACUAACCAGACACAUCACAGACAAGGAUGACUUUGCAAACAAUAGGGAGUUUAUCACUGUGCUUGUGUACAAAACUGGAGGGAAAAGAGUGUUCUAUCCAUAUGAUCCUCCUCCAUACAAGGAUGGAGUUCGAAUCAACAGCCCUCACUAUCUUUGCAAACUGGUGGAGAACAAAGGGACAUCACUCUAUACACUUGUGGUUUCUCAGUAUGAAAAGAACAAUACCAUCCAUUACACGCUACGAGCAUAUUCCACGUGUGAAUUCUCCCUGAAGCAGUUUGUUGACCCCUACAAGACUCAGUAUCAGAAGAAAAUCACAGGAGAAUGGAAGGGGGUGACCGCGGGGGGUUGUGGAAACUUCCCCGACACUCACAAGAACAAUCCUAUAUAUCAACUGAAGAUCGACAACAGUGCUACAGACAACUGCAUACUGAUCGAGGUUCUGGGUCCAAAACAGUACAGUGUUGGGUGUACUGUGAUUUGUGUGGCAGAAACGUCACCCAAUGCUCCUGGGUCUUUUAAAAAAACAACAUCUGGUGAUUUCAGGCCAGGCUACUGUGUACUGCAGCUGGACAACAUUUCAGGUGGAGUGUAUAACAUAUCACCUUGUACGUUCAGACCCGGGAAAGAGGGACACUUCUUCCUGGACAUCAGCAGCUCCGUCCCCUACACCAUCAGCAAGCUGCAGUGAGUUCAGGCAACAAAACAUUCUGUCAGGCUGUGAUAAUAGUCUCCACAUAACGUCUUCGCCAAAUGUCUGAGGAAACCACUAGCCCUCACAGAGGCUUUGGCUAGUGCCCUAUGUAGUAUAGUAGUACAGUUAAUAAAUUCCACUAGCCCUGUGCAAAUAUUCACCAGCCGGAACCGAGGGCUAGUGCAUUUGUCAAACCCUGCAUAAUGUGGCCACUUAAUUCAGGAUCCCUUAAUACAAGCUGUUGUAGUGUCAUGGGCACAGGUGAUGGCCUUGGCCGGCUCCUCCGUCCAGGACAAGAAAAGGGUAGAGGUGGGUGGGAGAGGGGAUUGCACACACUGGCAAGUGCAAGAGAGCAUUAGCAGCCCGACUGGGGUUGGUAGUGUGUAGGGGCAGUAGCCUCUUAGAGAUUAUGAUCAUCCAUAUAUAUGUGGCCACCAGGUACAUCUAGCUCACUUGGUUCAUGUGGCCUCUUGGAAAUUAUGAUCAUUUAUACAUUCAUUAUAUAUUCUUUAGCCCACAUGGUAUAUCUCUUGCAGCUUAUGCCCAUCUGGUACAGGUGAUCAGCUAGUGUAUGCUACAUUCUUUAUACUUAGGACAUAUGACCACUUAAUUGGUGCACAUAUGGUGCAUAUGGUCAAGGGUGAAUCCAGAUAGGGGGGUGGAGGUUGGGGUCACAGAAAGCUGAUGAUUCCCCUCACUCCACCCGUUUGAAGUACCAUUUUUAAUGACUUUUGUAAAAUUCACUAUCCACAAUAUACAACACUAAAUUGCCCUGAAAAACCUCUCUCACAACAAUUGUGGAGCAUGCCCGAAACUCCACUACAGACCCCCCUUCCUUUGGGAGCUUGGCUGAUUUGCCAUUUUUAAACUCCCAACAUUUUCGUUUUAGAGUUUUAUGAGCCUCCUCUUUAUAAAAUCCUGUAUCUGCCCCUAAUGGUAUGUAUGGUUACUUGAUACAUGUAACUACUCAUGUAGUACGUGCCCUCUUGGUAAAUAUGACCAAUUGGUACAUGUGAUAACAUGAUGCAUACAUGCCGUGACCAGCUAAUAACAUGUUUCCACUUAUUACAGUUGAGUUUUCCACAAUACUUGCCAGUCUGUACAUGUAACCAGUCGAUACAGUCGGCUGCAUGGACAGUUUCGACUGCCAGAUUUUAUUGUACUUGGUGGAGGAAUGCUUCUUACUAUAUUUAACUUAGUCAUACCAAUAAAUACUCUACAACUG